AUGAUUCGACUUCAAGAUAUAAAGAUGAAGAUUGUUUCCACCAACAAGGCAGAUAUGAAUUUCAGGAUGAAUUUCAUAGCUUUGUUGAUCAACUCAUUGAUAGAAUCAAGCUCUUCAGAAAAAGCAAACACCAACCCAUUGAACUACAUAACAAGCAAGACGAAAAUAGAAAACAUCGACUGUUGUUCUUAUCUGAUAGACAGUUUGGUUAAAAACAAACAGUCUUUUGAUCCAUCAAAUCCAACAAGCAAUUUUAAUGGACCAUCUGCUUAUUUGGUGUUGCUUUAUCUAGACAGAAUCAAAUCUGAUGUACUUAAGUUUGAAAGAACAUGUCCAGUGAUCUGCUAUUGGACUUCAGAGAAAAUAAAGAUGAGAGAAACUUUUGAAAAGGAUGAGCUUGGUGAUUUUGGAAUAGGGGAUUUCAAUGAUGAGUAUGUUGACGAAGAAUUGAAUGAGGAGGCUUAUGAGCAAGUGGUUAUAAAUAAGUAUAGGAAGUUAGAUAUGCUGAUUGAAGAUGAAAUAAAUAAAUUCCGAGAAAAUAUAACCUUGAAUCAUUUGAAAAUUAGCGUUGAUGCAAUUUUUAAAGAUAAGAGUGAAGAUAAUCAAGAAAAAAAUGGGAAUGAUAAUGUUCAAUAUGACAAUAGUGAUGAUGAUGAAGAUGCCAAUGGAGAUGAUAAUGAUCAAUCAAAGAAAAAGAAUGUAGGAGGGAAAAAUAUAUUGAAGGAGAAUCUUAAAGGAGGAGAGGAACAGCAACGAAAAAAUAAAGAUGAGGAUGGUGAAGAUAUUAAAAUAACAGAUGGUGAGAAAGAUGAAAAUGAUAAUAAUGAUCAAGCUGUGGAUGUGAUGAAUAUAGAAAGGAAGAAUGCUAAGAAAGUAGAAGGAAUAACUGGUGAACAACUACAAAGAGAUGGAGAAGAUGGUGAGAAAGAUGAAAAUGAUAAUAAUGAUCAAGGUUUGGAUGACAUGAAUUUGCAUGAUGAAGUUGUUGAAAAUGAAAAAGGUGGUAAUAAUAAAGAAGAACAAAAUGUUGAAGGAGAAGAUGUGGAGGGGAUGAAUAUAGAAAGGAAUAAUGCUAAGAAAGUAGAAGGAAUAACUGGUGAACAACCACAAAGAGAUGGAGAAGAUGGUGAGAAAUAUGAAAAUGAUAAUAAUGAUCAAGUUUGUGAUUACAUGAAUUUGCAUGAUGAAGGUGUUGAAAAUAAAAAAGGUGGUGAUAAUAAAGAACAAAAUGCUGAAGGAGUGGGUUUUGGCAGAAAUAUAGAUGAAGGAGAUACAGGAGAAGGUGUUGAAAAUGAAAAAGGUGGUGAUAAUGAAGAAGAACAAAAUGCUGAAGGAGAAGAAGAUGUGAACAAAACAAUAACAAACGUUAUUGAAAGUAUUUUUGAAAACACAUCAGAGUUUAACAGUACCCAAAUGUUAAAUGAUGAUGAAUUCAAUUCUGUUUAUGAAAAGACCAUGAAAGAAUACCAAGAUAAAAAAGAAGAGAGUAUGAUGCCCUCAUAUGAUCUCAACAUAAGUCAGUUGACACCUACAGAGAUGACGGAGAAUACUGCUGAAGAAAAAAAAGAUGAAGGUGAAAAAGAAAAUCUGGUGAAAGAUGUGCUAGAUCCAAAAGCAAAGACCCACCCUACGAUAAACAUUGUGAUUUCAAAAAAUCAAAACAAAGAGUCUUUGCCUGAUCUUACAGAAAAACAAAAUGUAACUCAGGAACCUCGGCAACAAAGAAAGAAAAAACCAGCCGAAGUAAGGAGAUCUCCAUAA